GACGGGAAAAGUUCCCUGGUCACCUCUCGAGCCCCGUUAAGCAGCGUGACAUGGACCGCCACCGCCGAUAUUGCAGCCCCCGAUGCUACAUCGCCGCCGAGCACCUGCCGCGGCACCAUCUGCCCGCAAGUCCCCACAAUGGCGUCCUGGAGCUCCACGCUGCGGACAUCCAUCUUCAGGCUCAGUAGCUCGAAGCUCAGUAGCUCGAAGCAAUUGCUCGUCAAAGUCCGGCAACGCCAGCGGGUGGGACGCGGCCUGGGUCGACCUGGGUAGGGUGUUCACCUGCCCACCCGUCGCCGUGUCCUCGGCCCAAGGUAGCCUCGAUGUCUUCGGGGAACAAGGCAACAGUGCGAGGUACACGAAGCUGUGUGCAAACAAGCACUGGGACGGGCAGUGGACCUCAGGCGAGAACUGCGGGUCGCCGCCUGCCGUCUCAACAUGGGGCGAGAAGAGGCUCAACGCAUUUGCCCGGAACGUAUCGGAUGGGAUGGCGCAUAAAGCGUAGGGCGAGAACGAAGGCCAGCAUUGGGACGGGGAAUGGGCUAGCAUCGGCGGGAAGCUCAAGGGCAGGCCUGCGGUUGUCUCAUGUGUCCCGGGCAGGAUUGAUAUGUUUGGGAUUGGGUCGGAUGACUCGAUGCUUCACAAUGCCUAGAUUGGGAGGGCUUGGGGCGCCGACUAGGUGGACCUUAGAUGGCAAUUAAGGUCCUCACCUAAGGUUGUAAGCUGCAGCUCUAAACAGCUGGAUGUGUUUGCGCUGGGAGCGAAUUACUAUGUCAGACAUAAGCCAUGGCUUGGGAGCAGCUGGCGCAACUGGAUUGAUCUAGGGGUUCCGUUUGAGAG